ACGGUAAGCUGUCGGCUCCCCCCCACACCCUCCCCAACACCAUCACCACCUCUCCAGCGAUCCCCAGCGCCGACGAUAGGCGCUGGCCCUGGUGCUGAUUCCGUCAGGCGCUGGAGGCAGCAGCAGUGGCGGCGGCAGCCCCGGCUCCUCUCUCCCUACAACCGGACCUGGGAGUCUCUUCUCCCUCACCCCAUUUUGUCUGGAGCCCCGCCGUGGGCAAGGGGCAGUGGGAAGCAGAGGCCAGCACCAUGCGCUCCCCUGGCAUCAUCUUCUUCCCCUCGUUCUUGGCGCUUCUGGCUCACGGAGUCUCCCCUGAAGCCCAGAACCUCGGCAGCACAGAGACAGACGGCGAGCCGACGGUGGCCCCCACACCGGAACAGCCAGAGGGAGGCGUCCACUUUGUCAGCACAGCCCCGACCCUGAAAUUGCUCAACCAUCACCCCCUGCUCGAAGAGUUUCUCCAGGACGCCCUAGAAAAGGAGGAUGAGCUAAAACCGGGGCCCUUCCUCGGUCGAGGACCGGCCCCCUUCCAGCCCGAUGCACCGACGCUCUUCAUCCCCAGCCCUCUGGCUCAUCUGGCCCACCGUGAUGAUCGCCCCAUCUUUACCAACCCGACCCCAGCCAUGGCUCCAGGGCCCCCCUACAGCCUGGGGAGGGACGGGGCUCAGAGUCCAGAGCCUGCCUGGCCUACUCUACCUGUUACAGCGGCCCCUCCACCAGGGCCCGGAGUAAUGGCGCCAUCUUUGGCCCAGGCGGAUGUGCCCGUGACAGUCCCUCCCAGAAGCACAUGGAUGGUGACCCACGACGUGUCCAUGGAUCUGGCCCAGCCGUGGGUCCCAGACGUCGUGCCCCCUCAGGCCAGAGAACCAGGUACGGGGAUACUGGCUGCUACUACCACUUCCGGGGAUGAUGAGGAGACCACCACCACCACCAUCAUCACAACGACCACCAUCACCACCAUGCAGCCACCAGCUCCUUGUAGCUGGAAUUUCACAAGACCUCAGGGCUCUCUAAACUCUCCAGAAGGACCCAGUUCAGCUGAAGACAGCAGCCUGGAUUGCUUCUACUAUAUUACUGUCUAUCCUGGCUAUGGUGUCGAGAUUAAGGUCCAGAACAUUAGCCUGCUGGAGGGUGAGACAGUGACAGUCGAAGGUAUGGGGGGCCCUGAGCCCUUGCCCCUGGCCAACCAAUCAUUCCUGCUCCAAGGUCAGGUCAUCCGAAGCCCCACCAAUCAGGUGGCCAUGAGGUUCCAGAGCCUCCUACCACCCACAGGACCUGGGACCUUCCACUUCCGAUACCAAGCUUACCUCCUGAGCUGCAGUUUUCCCCAACACCCAGCCUAUGGGGACGUGGCUGUCACCAGUCUUCACCCUGGUGGCAAAGCCCGCUUCCACUGCACGACUGGCUACCAGCUGCAAGGGGCCAGAGUCAUCACUUGCCUCAAUGCCACUCGGCCCUUCUGGGAUUCCCGGGAGCCCAUCUGCAUCGCUGCCUGUGGAGGGGUGAUCCGUAAUGCCACAACUGGCCGAAUCGUGUCUCCCGGCUUCCCUGGAAACUACAGUAACAACCUCACCUGUCACUGGCUGCUGGAGGCUCCCAUGGGGCAGCGCUUACAUCUCCAUUUUGAGAAGGUUUCCUUGGCAGAGGAUGACGAUAGACUCAUCAUCAGAAAUGGAGAUACUGUGGACGCUCCCCCCGUGUACGACUCCUACGAGGUCGAAUAUCUGCCCAUCGAGGGCUUGCUCAGUGCUGGCCGCCAUUUCUUCGUGGAGCUCACCACGGACAGCAGCGGGGCUGCAGCAGGCGUGGCACUGCGCUAUGAAGCCUUUCAACAGGGCCACUGUUAUGAGCCCUUCGUGAAAUACGGCAACUUCAGCAGCAGCGCCGCCUCCUACCCCGUGGGUACCACCGUGGAGUUCAGCUGUGACCCUGGCUACACCCUGGAACAGGGAUCCAUCAUCAUUGAGUGUGUUGACCCCCACGACCCCCAGUGGAAUGAGACCGAACCCGCCUGUCGAGCUGUGUGCAGUGGGGAGAUCACAGAUUCUGCUGGCGUGGUGCUCUCUCCCAACUGGCCAGAGCCCUAUGGCAAGGGACAGGACUGCAUCUGGGGUCUGCACGUGGAGGAAGACAAACGCAUCAUGCUGGACAUCCGUGUGCUUCGGAUUGGCCAAGGGGAUGUGCUAACCUUCUAUGAUGGGGAUGAUCUAACCGCCCGGGUGCUGGGGCAGUACUCAUCUACCCACAAUCAUUUCAAGCUAUUUACCUCCAUGGCGGACGUCACCAUCCAGUUCCAGUCAGACCCUGGAGCCUCAGCCAUGGGCUACCAGCAGGGUUUUGUCAUCCACUUCUUUGAGGUACCCCGCAAUGACACAUGCCCAGAGCUGCCUGAGAUCCCCAAUGGCUGGAAGAGCCCUUCCCAACCGGAGCUGGUCCAUGGCACUGUGGUCACCUUCCAGUGCUACCCUGGCUAUGAGGUGACUGGAGCCAACACCCUCAUGUGUCAAUGGGAUCUGACCUGGAGUGAAGAUCUGCCCACCUGUCAAAGGGUGACUUCAUGCCAUGACCCAGGGGAUGUGGAACACAGUCGUCGGCUCAUCUCCAGCCCCAAGUUUCCUGUGGGUGCCACCGUGCAGUAUAUCUGUGACAAGGGUUACAUGCUGACAGGCAGUGCCAUCCUCAGCUGCCAUGACCGCCAGGCAGGCAGCCCUAAGUGGAGCGACCGGGCCCCCAAAUGCCUCCCGGAGCAGUACAAGCCAUGCCAUGGCCCUGGGACCCCUGAAAAUGGUGCCCGCAGCCCUGAGAAGCGACUAUACCCUCCAGGUGCCACCCUCCACUUCUCCUGUGCCCCUGGUUACGUGCUGCAGGGAGAGGCCAGCAUCAAGUGUGUGCCCGGACAUCCCUCACAGUGGAGCGACCACCCUCCCACCUGUAAGGCUGCUUCUCUGAAUGAGUUCUACAGUGGUCGCAGCCUGGAUGUUGCCAAAGCCCCCACUGCCACAAAUUCCUUGGAUGCCACUCAUGUGGCGGCUGCUAUCUUCUUGCCUCUGGCGGCUAUGGCAUUGUUGAUGGGAGGCAUUUACCUCUACUUCUCUAGGGUCCAAGGGAAAAGUCCACUGCAGCUGCCUCUGGCUCAGCCCCGUCCCUAUGACCACAUCACCGUGGAAAAUGCUUUUGACAAUCCUACCUAUGAGACUGGAGAGACGAGGGAAUAUGAGGUCUCCAUUUAGGGAGAGGGGGCAGUCUGGGGGAGCCCACUCUACCUGGCAUUACCAACUGGUCAGCAACUUCCCUGACACUACCUACUGCCCUACCCACCUCCUGUACAUACCACCUGGAAAGAGACUCUACCCUAGCCCUUUCAGAGCUGCACCGUCCCCCACCUGCACUGCCCACCACAACCUAUCUGCCUGGGUACUUCUGCCUGCUCUGGGCCCAUCUCUAGGCCUAUAAGGGAAUUUGCCUCUGGUCAAGCCAGGCUCAGACACUAUCUUGCCCCUAUAAGUCAAAGAACAGCCUUCUCCUGCCUCUCUCCCCAUCAUCAGGUUUGGACCUUGGGUACUGGGAAGUCUGGGCAUUUCUAUUCAGUCUCUAUGCUCUCACACCAUGGGCAAAUGAGAUGCAGGCAGGCCAAGUAGGUGGCAGAAACAUCUCCCUGUGUUAUUCACAGGCAAAGAAUGGGGACAGCCCAAGAGGUAGGAGCUCACACAGCUUCCAUGCCCAAGAUUUGCUCUGUCUUCUUACGGGGUGCCUAUUCUCUGGAUAUCCCCAGAAUGACUUCCCCAUACCUCUUGGGUGACUUAAAUAAGUUUCCCCAAUCCCCCUUUCUCCUCCCUUUCUCCCAAAAGCCAGAAGGGUGGAAAGGAAUAAAUCCAGGGACUCUAGGGUUUGGGGACUCCCACCCACCCAGGACUGGUUCUCCUGGGCAAGUGUAUUCCAUACCAAAGGGACAACCCUAUCCCUCCCUGGUCUGCCCCACCCUCGUGCGUGUGUGUGUGUGUGUGUGUGUGUGUGUGUGCGCGCGUGUGUGAAGGGGAUGGGGGGGGGGCGAAAGGAAACACCCUUUCACCUCAUGUGUUGGUUCAUUAUAAACAAACUUCUUUCCUAACCCCCACAAACUCCAGACAUUUAAUUUUCCCUUCCACCCAUCAAUAUUUUUUCCUUGUUUUUUUGUUGUUGUUGUUGCUGUUGGGGAGGGUGGAUGGGGACAAACAAAUCCAGGAGGGGGCAGUCCAUAGGCCCAGAAAACUGGCACUGGGAGCAGAGGCCCAGCCUGACCCAGUGGGGGACUCAAGGAACUGGUUGUAAGCCACUUUGUUCAUGUAAAGUGUAAUGUGGGAUCUAGGGUCUGGGCUCCAGCCAGAGAAAGAGAACAAUCUUUCAUUUCUGUUGUUUCCUUAUUAAAAAGGUGUUUUCAACAAAA